AUGUUAGAGACUGCAGAUGCCCACAGUGUGGUGAUCUCCUUCAUUUGCUUGGCAUGUCACUCCAAAGCAACAUUGAAGUCUCCAGCACCAUUCUAUGGUGGCAAGGAGGUGCUACCAAGCUUCUUGCACCUCAAUAGCAAAUAUGAGAUGACUUCAUCUUCAAUCAUGGCCGCCAGACCCAUCGCCUUCAUUUACUUCAUCCUUAGUAGUGAAGACCCCAUCUGCAUGCCAGUCUCCAUUAUUUCACCAAAGGAGAAUGGAAGUGGUCUUGAAUAUGUCGUCAUGACAGUUUCUCAUGUGCUCUCUACUGUACUUUCGGCUUACUCAACAGUCCUCAAGAAUGACCAUAUCGUUUUUCUGGUCUGUGGCUCUGUAUUUGUACAUCCCAAGCCCUACAACCAGCUCAUGUCAGCUGUCCUUCACUUUGAAUUUGCCUCCGCUAUCGUAUUCACGGCUAAACAUUUCCAGCCACUUGUGGCUUCCAGCUUCUUCCUAGUGUUUGUAGAGCUGGUGUUGGUGGAACAGCUCUGUGUGCACAAGACCUUCCCUGAGCUGCUAUCAUUGUCUGGCCACCUUGGAUUACACACCAAGGUCAUCCUCGUGACUCUGGACCCCACUAGUCUACAUCACCAGCUGGAGUGCACAAUAUUUGCAUGCGCCCACACCCAGACUCAGCCUUGGGGAAUUGAGGUGCCUAUGCAGUGCCCUCAAUGUGGUUCUAUUAAAAGCUGGUCUGAAAAGAUUGCUUUGACAUCUGCUGUAACAUCUGAGCUAUCUGUCACAAGAUUUCAUGGUGAACUCAGCAAGGACCACCAAGUGUGGAUGGUUCUAGGCACCAUCUACAUUUUAUUCACCUCCUUUGACAACAGGAAAAUGCAAGAGCCAGAGAUCCUUGCUGAGCACAAGGAGGAUUGCUUGGCGGCAAAAGAUCCAAAACGACAUGUCGUCGUCAAGUUCUUCAAAAUACAUUACUAUCACCAGUUUAUCACUGAUGAGGAUGAUCGAAAGGCCGAGGUCGAUAUAUUAUGUGCUGAACAAGAGGGAUACCAGUCUGCUGUAUCUCAAGAAGAGAGAGAAGCUAAUGCUCAUCCCAAGGAUGCUUCCUUCUACAAGAAGCAGCUUACUGAUUGGGAUGUUGCCCAGAAGCUCUUCAAGUAG